GAUAGCGCGAGACUGAGUAGGAUCGGUGGGGAAUGGGGAGCCCAGGAUACCAGGGGGAGAGGGUGUUGUCAUGACGAUGCUUAAGGCCUCGUGUUUUCACAGGAUUAGAUGAUACGCUUACAGUCCUUUGGUUCAUUUGGCAGCUUAACCUUGCGCUCCUGACACCCUUAGAUUCUUGCAACUUAAGCUCCCUGUUUGUACAUGUAGCUGAAACAAAUCGUAACACUUUUUGGAAUGUAUAAAUACGGAGUGAAGCCGUGGAGUCUACAUGUGUGCAUGCCGUUCCAUUAAAAAAACUUCACAUGCAUAGAUAAAUAGCAUGCUUGAAACUAGUUUUCUAUAUGAAAGAGUUGUGGGUGGGAGGGCAAGCAUUCGGACAACUGAUAUACAACUAGAGCUCCCAACUGUAAUCAAAGGCACUUCUGAUGAUGAAGUCCCAUGCCCAGGCUACCUGUUUGAAGAGAUUGCCAAAAUCUCUCAUGAGUCAGCUGGAAGUAGUCACUGUCUUCUUGAGUACCUCCUCAAUCGCCUUCAGAACAACUCAUGCCAUGUCAAACUGAAGGUGCUCAAAAUCCUGCUGUACAUGUGCAACCAUGGGUCCUCGCACUUCCUUCUGCAGCUUAAGAGGAAUUCUUCUUUCAUUCAGGAAGCCGCAGUGUUUGCAGGACCUCCGGAUCCUCUCCAUGGCAACAGCUUGUAUCAGAAGGUGCGGGUGACUGCACAGGACCUGGCAAGUGCUUUGUUUUCAGAUGCCUUGUUGCCCCAGACUGCUGCUCAGACACCUAAAGAGCUGCCUUCAUCAGGAAUGGGCUCCAGGCCUAGCCCCCAUGGCUCACUUCAGGGCUUUGGCUUUGAAAGAAGCAGCUCCACAUCCACAGGCAAAGUUCUGCUGGCCACCAUUCAGAAGGCAGCUGAGGUGGUUGCCAAUGCUGUGCUCCCUGGUCAGGAACUUGCCAGCCCCCAUCACAGGGAGCUAAAGGAUGAUGCCUAUGAGCCCGUGAUGGCACCUUCUGGCAAAAGCUCCAUCUUGCCUACAAAGCCAUCUUCUGUUGUAGCCCAUGAGAUGCGAGUGAACCAUCAACCAGGGCAAGCAGGAGGAGGCUGGGAGGAGUUGGACAGUGGGCAAAGCUCCCAGGAUUCAUUGCAGGAGAACAGUGAACUGAGCAGAACAUCUGAUUCCUACAGCAAAUCAGGCAGUGACAACAACUUAGGUGCCCUGGAGUCAGGGAGUGUUGCUGAAAGGAUGGAAGCCGAAAACCUUGGGGACUGCCUGCAAGAAGUGAGCCUCGUCACCACCCUCACCCAGGGCUCCAAGGUCUUCCUGACACGUGAGGAGACCCAGCACUUCAUCAAAGAGUGUGGGCUGCUGAACUGUGAAGUGGUCUUGGCUAUGCUCAACCGAACCCUGAAGGACCCCAGUGAGUGCAUCCGCAUGAGGGCCAUGUGUGCCAUUUAUUCCCUUAUGUGUUCUGACUUGCUUUCCCAUGAUCAGAUAUUUGCCAUUACCCAGCAACACUUGCAGGAACUCAGUCAAGAGAGCCCUGGAUCUGUAGCCAACAAAGCAACAAAGAUCUUGCGACAAUUUGAAGCACUCUGCAGAAGCCACCCUACACCCAAGGACUCGCCCCCAGUUGCCAACCAUUGUGUCCCCACAAAAGUGACAUUCAAACGCACUGAUGACCUGUUGACAGAUACAACACCCUUGACAGGAGAGGCGAUCCUCAAACCUAUGAGCCUGGCAGCACAGCCCUCCCAAGAGCCUGAAGUCCUGGCAAGUGAUUUGUGCCUCUUGGAAGGACAGAUGCUGGGAUCUGCGUCCUGUGGCCAGCUAGGUCUCCUGCCACCGCCGGGCCUAUGUCAGCAUGUGGCAGAGUGCAAACCCCCAGACUCUGAACCCCAAGAGGACAGGCUCUUGAGGGGUGAUCCAGAUGGCACAGUUUCCCUGUUUGCAGGGAUGGAGCUGGUUGCACCCUCAAGCAUGACACUGGCUGACGCUUCUGAGAAAGAAUGUGUUCCUCUAACUCCACGGACAUCUUGCAUUGGGAGCACUAUGGACAACGAGGACAGCCAGGAGCGAUCGGCUUUCCCCUUCCUCAAUGUUUAAUCGUUCCCUGCUACUGCUUCAGCUACGAGGCAGUUCAGCUAGCAACAAAUGUGGUAUCUGGUCAACUCUCCCCAUGUCCAGGACUUUUGCUUCCUCUAUAGUUUCUGCACUAGCCUUUGGUCCCGGGGUGGGCAAACAUGGCCUUCCAAAGAACUACAACUCCCUUUAUCCCCAGCUGCAAUAAACUGUGACUGGGGAUGAUGGGAGUUAUAGUUCAACAACAUCCGGUGGGACAAGUUUGCCCACCCUUGCCCUUGAGAUACAGGCAAUGCUGUAUCUCAGUUGCUUGUCUGUUUUCCCCUUCUCUUGUUGAUAUGUCACUUUCUUGUAAAACAGGGGUGGGGAACCUUGGCCCUCCAGCUGUUUUUGAACUACUGCUCCCAUCAUC